AUGGCCCAGGCGACGGCCCUGGCGCGCGCACGUCAUCAACAUCAGGACUGGUUCGACGACAACGACGCCGUCAUCAGCAACCUGCUCGCAGAGAAGAACCGACCGCACAAAGCCUGCGUCAAAUGCCCCAUCGGCGAAAACAAAGCAGCUUUCUGCUGUAGUCGACGCCUUGUGCAACAGCGGCUACGGAAGAUGCAGGAUGCCUGGACGGUUCGCAAGGCGGGGAGAUCCAAGGUAUGCAAGCAGCAACGAAUAGAAAAACUUUUUCACUGCGAUCAAGGCUGUCUUCGGUCCCACGGUCAAAAGAACCGCUUCUCUCCUCAGCGCUGAUGGAACCGCCCUACUUAAUGAUUAGACGCAAAUUUUGAAACGACAGGCCGAACACUUCAGGGGAGUCCUCGACUGCUCCUCCGCCAUCUCCGACGUAGCCGUCGCCCGUCUGUCUCAGGUGGGGACCAACGCCGACCUCUACUUCUCGUCCUCUCUCUACAAAACCAUCAGGGCCGUUCAGAGGCCCUCCAGUGGGGAAGCGCCCGGAUCGGACGCGAUCCGUGCUGAGAUCUACAAACACGGUGGUCCCCAACAAAUGAAUUACCUGACUGCGCUCUUUCAGGAGAUGUGGCUUCAAGUACAAGCUGCUCAGGUUUUCAAGGACGUCACAAAGGGAAUUGUCAACUCUGCGACAACCACAGAAGACUCUCGCUGCUCAACAUCGCCAGACAGGUCUUCGCACGCGUUCUCCCCUACCUCCUCAACAGCCAUCUGA